UCACAACGACGUCACGUAUGACGCGUUUAAAGAUGGCAGCUUACAGUGGCAGGUCGUGUGUUUUGAAACACAGCUAGUUAUUCCAACAGUAACAGUAUGUUUUAUCUGUCAGAAUAGCAAAUUAUACGUUUUAAUAAAUAAUACAAAUGCGGUACUAUUUAAGAACAUGUCAUCACGUUAGCGGUUGAAUCUGGCCAUAUCAUUUAAAGAUGGUGAAAGGUACCUGAAUUGCACUGUAAACGACUGCCUCACACUACCAAAAACAAUACAGUCACAUAGGAAAUGUUUCCCGCUACAUGGUCACGACUGUCCUGCAAGGCUUUGUCCUGCCAAGGACAGAGGGCGCUGAGUCUGUUCUCCAGCUCAGGACCUUCAAACUGGAGUAAAGUGGUCGCCGACGCAGAGAAGAUUGUCGGAUAUCCAACCUCCUUCAUGAGCCUCCGCUGCCUGCUCAGCGAUGAACUCAGUAAUGUUGCCAUCCAUGUCAAGAAGCUGGUCGGGACUCAACACCCUUUACUCAACACUGCAAGGGGCUUCGUCUACGACAGCGGGAACCACCUCCCGACGAGGGGACUGGUCGUACUGCUGUUGUCGAAAGCCGCGGGGCCGAGCCACGCAGCCUCCGAUCUUCUGGCUCAGGACAUGGUCAGCGGCAUCUACCCGAGCCAGCGAAACUUGGCAGAAAUCACGGAGUUGAUCCACACGGCGUUCCUGGUGCAUCGUGGGAUAGUCGAUCUGAAGGAGUGGACGGUUAAAGACGGCCCGCUGAAGGACAUGGAGUUUGGGAAUAAGAUGGCGGUCCUGAGCGGAGACUUCCUGCUAGCGAACGCUUGUACUGGACUUGCCCAACUGAAUAACACUCAGGUUGUUGAACUGAUCUCGAGUGCCAUCGGUGACGUGGUUCAAGGAAUCUACAAUGAGAAUUACAAUAAUUCUGAGGAGAGUAGUCCCGCUGACGGCGUGGCCGUGUGGGAGGAGCACACGUUCCUGUCCCACGGGGCACUGCUGGCCAAGAGCUGUCAAGCUGCGAUGGAGCUUGCCAAACACGACAAGGAGUCCCAAAGAUUGGCGUACAAGUACGGCAAGCACCUAUCAAUGGGUCACAAGCUGAACUCUGACCUGCAGCCAUUUGUGAAGACCAGCGUGGGAGAGCCGGUGUCGUUCAGUUUAAACUCCGCCCCGCUGGUUUUCCACCGUCAGAUCGUCGGCCAGGAGAGAUGGAGUCAGCAGCUGCAGCAGGUAAAAACACGGAGAGACGAACUGGAUUACUCAAAGCUUUUGGCAACAGUGAAGUCGGAGAAAGGCGUGAGCUCAGCGGUGGACUUAUGCUGUUACCAUGGCAACAAGGCUCUGGAGGCCGUCCAGGCUUUCCCCUCCUCCGAGGCUCGAUCUGCCUUGGAGAACAUCGCCUCUGCCAUCUCCAAAUUUUGACCUGGACUCACACACACACACACACGUACACUCACAGAACACAGUGUCUUUGUCUGCAAGGGCAACAGGAUGAGACGCACUGAACAUUUGACACUUAUGAGACAAAUCAACUUCUUUGUGCCAGGUGCUGACUGCUGGAGAAACUGUUCUGCUCUGUUGUGGAUGACAGUGUGCAUCAGAAAUGCAAUGGCUGUAUCCAUAAAUGGUCAUCAUUAAAAACAAGGAAUAAAAACACAUUA